GAUACCUACUGGUGGUCCAACCCCAGCAUCCAGCCUCGCCCUUAUUCCUGGCUUUUUGCACUUGUCAAUUCUACGGCUUGCACAUGGUUAUCUUUCUGCACCUCGACGUUUGAGUUGAUUUACUUGCCUAUGCAUAAGAAGUGGAGCUUUUUCUUUCUUUUAUUUUUCACUUGUCCGGCAACGCGGGGACUGCUUGUGCAAGGCACGUGGGCAUUGCUUGGUUGACCAUGUGAAUCGUGUGUGUUGAUUUGGCACCCGUUUCCCUGUUGCAUCAACGGACUUUUCCAGUGUGGAACAUUCGUGGGAUUUUCCUACUGUUCCUACUGCUUUGGGAGGCGACUGUGUUUGGAUAACUUGGAAUUGGAACUCUGGAUUUGGCAUUAUCUGUUGUGAUUCAAAGCGUCUUGAAAGUCUCAACACACACGGAAUUCUUCCUGUUCCUUUUUCCUGCUUACGAUUUUUCAUCAGUUUUGAGAUUUUAUUCGUGCAAACUGCGAUAGCAGUGGUUGAAUAGCACUAAACUGAAAAUCUAACUGUCACUCUUUCUUCUGAUCCAAAGAGACUCGGAAGUUCCAACAUCAUUGGAGUCCAUCACCUGCCGGCUUUUCGCUGCUUGUCGUACUACGGCGUGCGUGCUUCUUUUCCCUUAAGCGCUUUUCAGUACCGAAUCAUCUUGGGAUCAGUGAUAUACGGUUACUUCACUUCAGAACUCGCCCGCAUUUUCGCUCCAGAACUUUCAUCCGUUUCUUCGAUCGAUUACGUAUCUGCGAGUUCUCAAAUUGUUGAUAACCUUGGAUUACGAUCAUACGGAUCCAUUGUCCCUUUCUGAUUCUCUUUUGUUGCUUCUGCUGGAGAAUCACACGUGACGUCGCUGUUCUCAUCCCGGAGCACUGCUUGUCCUACAUCACCUUAGGCCAAUGAUUUGCCUUGUGAAUUCCAACCUGUUUCUUUGCCUAACAUGAAACUCAGAACGUUGCUUCCACUUGUGUUGUUAAAUUUCAUACGUGUUUUGAACUUUGUCGCCGCUUUUCCUGCUGUGUACGGUAUCCUUCCGGAGACUUAUGCGUCUAUUGUGGAUAACGUCUUCAUCAUACAAUCCAACCAUCCAGUGUUGGUUAAUCUCUUCGGAACCGACUUGAAAGAUAUCACCCACAUUGGUUUUGCGGCCACCAAGAAACCCGGAAACACUUCGUGCGAGCACGAGCGCGUCACGGAAUCCUUCAAAGUUGUUGCUGAAAGUCAACAUGUGGCAACCAGCGUGGUUACACUUCGUGAGUUAUCAAAGAAUGAGAACGCAUUUUAUCUGUGUGUACGGACUACGCCCCCUGCUCUUACAAUCUCAGCAUCAGUUGGUGAUUUUGAUAGCAACACAUCUGAUAUGUCCCAGCUUUGGUCAUAUGCAGGUGGUGCGGGUUCGGAAAGUCGCAUCAUGUUACGAACCACAAGCACUUUAAUGCCAAUCUGGGUUCAAGUCAUCCUCAUCGUUAUCUUGUUCUUCCUGUCUGGAUUAUUUAGUGGCCUUAACUUGGGUCUCAUGUCUCUGGACAAAACAGAGCUCAAGAUUAUCGAGAGUGCCGGCUCACCGGAUGAGAAGACUUACGCAAAAGCGAUUCGUCCUGUUCGGGAAAAAGGAAACCUCUUACUUUGCACUUUACUUUUGGGCAAUGUGCUUGUGAAUACCUCGUUAACAAUUCUGAUGGAUGAUUUGACCGGAAGUGGCUUGUUCGCUGUAAUUGCUUGCACCAUUGGAAUUACUUUACUUGGAGAAAUAAUGCCUCAAGCUGUGUGCUCACGCCAUGGGUUGGCAAUUGGCGCCCGGACGUUGUGGUUGACUAAACUUUUCAUUUUCCUGACUUUUCCUGUGGCUUUUCCUAUUAGCUUCGUGCUAGAUAAAAUACUAGGCGAGGAGAUGGGGCAAGUAUACAGUCGUGAAAAGUUGGGCGUACUGAUUCGGGAGCAAGCACUCGCUGGAACCGUGGCAGCGGACGAGAUGAACAUAAUCACCGGAGCGCUCGCGUUGACCACUAAAACAGUGGCCGAUGUGAUGACGCCGUUGUCCGAUGCAUUCAUGCUAUCGUAUUCGGACAUUUUAGACUUCAACACCAUGAAUAACAUAUAUUCGCAUGGAUACACGAGGAUACCUGUGUACGAAGGUGAUCGACGCAACAUUCGGGCAGUGUUAAACGUGAAAGACCUGGCAUUCAUCAACACGGAUGACAAUGUACCCGUAUCCACUGUCUGUGACUUCUACAAUCGAUCCAUUAUCAUUGUACUGGAUACAACCAAUUUGGAGUCGAUGUUGAAAGAGUUUCGUCAGGGGCGAACUCACAUGGCAUUUGUGGAACACUUGGUCACCGACGGCGACGGAGACCCGUACCGUGAGAUGAUUGGCCUCGUCACUCUGGAAGAUGUGAUUGAAGAAAUAAUUCAAGCCGAAAUAGUGGAUGAGACAGAUAUUCUGACCGAUAACGUGCAUCAUCAACCGCGCUACGUGCGCAGACGGGAUUUCCGGAUGUUCAGCAUGCCGGACAAACAGCGACCAUCCAGACUAUCACCUCAGCUAAAAAUUGCCGUCCUACGUCAUUUGGCUUCCAAUGUGGAGCCGUUUCACGAACAAUACGUCUGCUACUCCGUGUUACAAAGCUUCCUCAAUGCAAACAUUGUUGGCGAAUGUGUGUAUAAUCCGAAAGAUGCCGACGCCAAUCUGUUGUAUCAACCGAAUCAGUGGGCCAAUUACGCCAUUCUGCUGCUUCAGGGCCGUACUCAAGUACAAAUCGGAAGCGAAGGUCUCGUGUUUGAGGCCGGCCCAUUUGUCAUGUUUGGAGAAAUUGUGCUCAAACGUGUGAACGCUAUAUUCCCAGAAAUAUCGGAUAAAACAGAUUUGGCUCGUUGCUCCGCUCAGUUGGCUACGGAAGCCCGGUUUGUUCCAGAUUACACUCUGCGUGCUGUCACUAACGUGCAGUUUUUGCGCAUCACCGCUGAACACUACCUUCUUGCCCGAAGACUUUCGGCUAUUCACCAACGAGCUGCUGGCACUCCGGUUGGUGGCCUACACCCACCACUCACUGUGUGCGAUCAUAUGAACACGAACGAGCCAAAACUCAGCAUUUCAGGAUUUGGGCCCGUCACCAUUGACAGCCACGAUAUGUUCCAAAGCGCUUGGGAACAACAUAUUGUGCGUUUGCGGGAUGCAUCUAUAGCCGCCACUGUCGCUUCUGCAGUCGACCUUUGUAUAGAAACGGUACCUAGCCACCGGAGUCCCAACUCGCCUGUUCGUUUAUCCCCAACGCCCCCACCCGACUACAAUGUUCUAACAUCAAGAAGAGUUUCCCCCACCGAUUCCUCCAAUCAUACCAUGAGUGCAGACAGUAACGUUACCUUGUCUAUCAAACGGAUUCCCUCCCUUCUUCCCCAUUCGGGCGAUGUCCUGGCAUCCAGGCCGGAAGAACUUCAAGCAUUUGUCGCACAUUCCAACGCAGACGGAAAGUCGGACACAAAUCCGAGCGCAGACGCAAACCACGCGCAUUGUUGAGCUAACCUAUCGUCUCUUUCACUUCCAAUCAGUACAUCACUUGUCCCUCGCCACUCACCCACCUCCAACUCCGCCAUUCAACGAAUCUACACGAAUGGAUCUCAUCCAGAUUUUUGCCCUGUAGUCGGCACUCCAUCGUUGCAUUUCUACCUAGAUUACUCCCCAACUAUCUCCCCCUCCACCACACUCGGUAGCGUUAGUUUUCUACCGGUCAUUCGUCUUUCUUUGUAGCCAUUUAUCGAUCUGCGUCGUGUCUUGCCGAGUGUCUAAAACUUGCCCACUCAUAGGCACCUAGACGUUUGCAACUUGAACAGUAACAGUUGGCUUCUUUGCGCGCUUUAAUCAACUUGUCAGUUGCUCGAUCAGGUUAGCUGCGUAUUUCCUCUUCUUCCCCUCCAUAAUCCCUCCUCACCUUUCACCAUUCCACGUGCAAUCAUAAUCAUGUCUGUCCGAUGUGCACAAAGCACUCGUUGUUCCAUCUUCCGCAGCAAUGCACUCUUCGCCGCCGUCCUCAUUUGUCACCGUCAGUUUCCGAGCAUGGUCUCUGACUGGGACACUCAGCAUCAGCACACGCACACACACACACAUACCUCCAUCCGUUCAUCUUUAUGUGCACAUUUUCUUAUAAUUAUUAGUGCCUCCAUGUGAGCAAUUUUUAUACCACUUAUUUUGAUCUAAUUUUAUCUAGAUUCCAGGCGAGGUUUUCGUUUACACAGACGAUAUGAUUAUUUCUCUAUCACACCAUACCAACAAACUUGUUUAGUCGCAGUAUGUUUCUUGUUCGCCCGCGAUUUCAUUUGGAACGGCCAACAUGUGACUUCGUUGAACAGUAUCGACGCUGUGUAGGUAAGGCUACCACCGGUAUGCUGUCAACUUGCCCAUGUUUACUCC